UGGGGGCGGGCCCGGGGCGGGGCGGGGCCCGCGGUCUUAGAGGAAGUCGGCGCCGGCGGCCGCGUCCCGCGCCUCGGGAGCUUCCUUGCUUUGGGCGCUCGGUUCCCGCGCCGCCGCUCGGCCCCGCGCGCCUUCUGGGCGGGUGACUACCUGCCGGUGGCAGCCUCGUGCGUCCGGACUCCGACGCCUGUUUCCGGCGCACGGCGUUCAGCGCCGAGCGCGCGCUCUGGGGCCGCCGCGCCUGGGGACCGAGGGCGGCGCGGAUCCCGGGCGCCGCUGGCGAGGUGCCGGGUCUGUCCCGGGCCCCCCGCGGCCACGGCGGCGCUCGGCUGGUAGGAGGAGGCGGCUCUCUGUCCUCUCUGCACCCACGACACCUGUGCUGCAAGCAAGUCUGAUUCCCACCGACGGCCCACAUGAUGGAGAUGCAGGUCAGACCCCAGGGAGGGCGAGGCCAGAUCAGCAACAGUUCCGGCCUCCACGAUGAGCACAUCACAAACUUGCUCCUGUUUGGUUUCCUCCAAAACUGCUCCAACCUUAAUUUCCACGAAGAGCUGAAGCUGCUGCAGUGCCGGCUGGCGCGGCCGCAGGGCCUGGAGUUGCAGACCGACGGCAACCACUGCAGCCACCUGCUCGUGGACGCAGAGACAGAUUCUGAAAGUCAAGAAGAAAUCAUCCAGGACAUUGCCAGGCAGCUCGCCCAUAUUGGAGACAGCAUGGACUGCAAAAUCCACCCGGCACUGGUGCAGGACUUGGCAGCACGGUUUAUCAACGGGAACCUGUCCGAGGAAGAGAGAGAGAAGUGCCUGGGAGAGGCGCUGAGCGAGAUCCUGCGGACUUACCCUAAAGACAUGGAGCAAGAGAAGAUCGUGCUGACGAUGACCAUGCUGUUGGCUAAAAAGGUGGCCAACCACACCCCCUCUCUGCUGCGGGAUGUCUUCCACACCACAGUGAACUUCAUUAUCAGCCAGAACCUGCUUUCCUGUGUGAGGAACUUGGUCGGAAAUGACAUAGACUGAACAGCUGACUCAAGGAACACGACUGGUUAACACUUGACAUGGCGACAGAGGAGAGACGCCUGCAGUGGAGAUGGAGCCACAGUAACCAAACACUUCUGAGGAUAGACAUGAGAAAUUGUUUUUCAUUUUCAGGAAAAUAUUUUCAACUUGUGACUGAUUCAGGAAUCUCUACAUUAAUAUACUUGAAUGAAAAUAUC